GCGCGUGACGUCACUCGUCAACUGGUCUAUAGUGCUGUUUUCAUCUGUGAUAAAAAUUAUAUAGAUUACCGUAAGGUCAUAUAAGAAUAAGUUAAAUACCGUUUGGCAAAGGUGAUAAUAAUGUGUUGAUUAGGGAGGACCUCCAAACCCCCGAUUGCAGGAAGGGGACAACCCCUGCCCCAUGUACCGCUUCGCAACUUCGUUGAUCAAUAACAAUCGUUGAUGGGAAAAUUCGCACCCCCUUUUUCAAAACUCUGGCUUCGGGCCUGUUUGUGUCCAAGGGGAUGAACUCUGUUGUAUAUGAAUUAGAGGACACCCCCUUCCUGAGAAAUAAAUCUUUACACAUUACUAUGUCCUUAUUGAUCGACAAAAGCAUGCAGGCUCUGCAGUUAGUACAGCAAUCAGAUUGGUGAGUCACCGGUGGAGCUCAUGUGCGCAGACAAUGAACAAGGAUCUAUCAAAUAAGUCAAUGUGGCUAUAUACACACCGAUUAUUGAAAAUACAUUGUGAGUGGUGACGUCUGCUUCACUAUGAUUCAGAUGGCACAGUAUUUACAGAAUUGCACUUUACUUCAAUCUGCUCUACCCAGUUCUUCGCCAACGGUCGUUCAAAACAAUGAAGAGGGCAAUGAGGAUGAAGCGGCAAGAUUGAACGAUUCCACUCCUGCUGGGCAUGCACAAGUGGUUGUUCAAACAAGCACAUUGUUGCCCGGGCCCUCCUUGCUCGCUCACAUACCUUCACCAAGUAGUCCCGAUAAUUCACACCAGAAUACAGAACCCCAAGUUCCAAACCCUCCAAGCAUAUACGGCGUAGUUUUCAUGCCAAACGAAGUCCAGCGUUCGGAACUAAUAUUUUAUCCCCCGAAAUUCCAAACGCCGUCAGAUGUACAUGUGCAUUCGAACCAAAAUAAUAAACAUACAAAACACAAUGUUGCAAAUGUGCCUAAUAGUUCCGACCUUUCGAUCAUGCAAGCUGGAUGUACACCAUCAGUAGAGAGCCAGGGUUGGAUGAAUUCUAAUUUGCAGACAAGUCUUUUUUUAUCAUACGAUGCAGGACAGUCUGUACGUGAACAACACCAGUCAGAUAACGAAUACUAUCUGCGCCAAAAUGUUUCAAGAGCACAAUCCGGACUGCAAGAAAUCAAACUUUUGUGUGAUGCGGUUAUUGUGUACGACCAGAAUGAUUUUGAUUAUGCUGUUGAUAUGAGAGAUGAAAUACAAGCUAUAGUACGCACAGAGGUAGAUGAACCUCUACGGAUAAAAUUAUUUGACGACAGGGAAUUCAUGCAGUCUACUGUUCAAAAUGUGCAAGAUAUUCUGAAAAAUGCAAGCGUCGUUUUGGUCUAUCUUUCGAAUUAUACUGAAAAUUCCAGACAGGUUCAGUUAUUCAUCACAGAAGCAGUCGCAUUGGCCAGUGUGAGCUUGACUAAUCAAAAUCCUUUGGGCUCGGGUUGUAUAUUCAGUGUCUGGCCUGUCCACUCACAGCCUCCUAACCGACGCAAUUAUCGGACACCCGCCGGACUGGUCAGUAUCAGCGGCAUUGACUGGUAUAACAGGACCAGCAGAUACACGCACACCAGAAUUGUUGAACUUAUGACAAAUUCAAUUCGGAGAAGGGGACUUAUAGAGCACCAAUCACGAAAGGAGUUAAGACAAACAACGCUACAGAUACCGUUUACGCAUGAGCAAUAUCAUAUAAGUGACGCACCAAAACAUGCAUGGACUGCUGAUGCAAGUGCUUUUACGACACCAGGUGCACUAAACGUGCCUACUGAUUUCACUGAACACAUGCAUGGGGGAAGAAAUCAUUUUACUAACGAGUAUGACUUCAACGUUAAUAAUACGGAAAGCUUGAUGAGACCAAUGAGAUUUGAACCAAACCAAGGUUCCGCUGGAUCCUCUUACGCACAAGGCGGUGAACAAUUUUCACCAAUGGGCGAAUAUUACAUCCAACCCGCGGACGACAGACAAAGGCCUACCACAAGUGUGACAAAUAUCCGUGCUGCCCACGGAUAUUGUGCCACAAACCAAAUGCAAUCAGCAAUGCAGAAUGCGCCAAUCCAAUUUCAACUAAGACCGCCGCAAAAUAGUCCCGGUCCGCAUUGGCCGCAGCAUCCGCAGCAGCAACUGCAGGGUCGGAUGACAAUGAGUGGAGGGGAUAGGACACCGGCACCCCUUCGACAGAAUACGCAGCAGCACACACAGCAGCAAACGGGGAGUCAGAAGACAAUUGUUAUAGGGGAUAGAACUUCGGAAUAUAGUUCCGGACCUUCCCGACAUAAGAAGCAGCAGCAACAGCGGAUUCAGAAAACAAUUCACAGAGGUGAUAGAACAUCUAUGCAGUUCGUUUCUAAUCAGUCAACGAAAGACGUGGAAAUCGUUAAACCUACAAGAACAGAAGGGGCCGUAGGAACGUAUCACCAGGGUCCUGUAGAUAGUGUUUAUCAAGGCGAUCCUGACAGCAGUGAAGAUGAGAUGUUCGCUGGACACGGGAAUCUUCCCGGAUCAAAAGGCGGGCGUAUUCUGAACAUUGUUGGUAGCAAGGUCCUGCAGAUAGGAAAUGAAAACAGGGUGUCUAACGUCCGAAACAUUGUGAAGAAAGACAGAAAACAAACGCAAGGAAAGAAAACACGUCUUACAGACAAAGAAAGAUGCAAUACCGUGCAGAAAACAUACAGUGGGUGUGGAAAACCGGCGAAAGGUGGAGUAAGCGGGUACGAACUGAAUAUACCAUUGCAAGAACCCCAGCGCCAUGCAAGAACUGACGUGCAAGGUGCUGGGAAUGUCAGAAAAGACAUUUCAGUCGAAAAUACUGAGUUGACAGCACCGGUUUCGUAUUCUGACCUUAGAAAUUCGUCACACAGCCCGAAGUAGAAUGCAACUAUAUCCGAGGACAGUCGUAUCAUGACGAUGGAUGGUGCUUCUUCUGUUCCUUCUUUGAACCAAUCACCAAAUAGGAGUGGGAAUAAUCAACUACGUCCCUUUCCCAUUACAGACAAUUUCCCAAGAGAGACAGUGAUUGAACUAAUUUCAUUGGAUGAAAACACAUUUGCACAAAGUUCUGACGAAUCGUACGAAGAGGAAACAGCAGUUAGGACUGACAUGCUAGACGCUAACCUAUUUGGUAAACGCCAAUAUGACAAUCAGCACGUUGGUCGAAUGUUAUUUGAGUCACACUCAAAUCGAUCAUUCUCUCGCAUGGUCAACAGAUCUCUCGUAAUCGAAAGCGAGACUUAUGAUCCUGCCAAUGUCAGUGAUGUGGAUUGAUAUAAUCUGUUGCAGAGUACUAUGUAUGGGGCCAUAUCACAAACUAAGCAUUCGGUAAUUCGUAUAUGACGAAAAUAUCUUAAACAUAUUUUGAAAAUCAGAAUAUUAAUGAUCAAAUACACUCGACAGAAAUCAAAAUCAACACUAUUUAUUUUGUUACACCUCUAAAUCAGAGGUGUAAAAAAAUAGUGUUGAUUUUAGUAAUGAUUGUGUUUGUUAUAUUGUGAGUUAUAAUUAAAAAUAUCAAUUCCAAUUGUAAAAUUAAGCCUCUUUAAUGCGAAAAUGGGGUUUCCUUUUAUUCCAAGUCUAGGCUAAAUUACAGCAUGGAAAAAAACGAUUCUGUAGUUGGAUUUAAGUAUUUUUACCUCAUCCCUGAACGCCUAGUUAUUUAAAUAUGUGGGUUAAAGCAAUUAAAACGACAAUCAUGAUUAAGCGGGAUUUUACUCUGCUUAUAUGUUGAACAUGUUUGUUGUUGUUGUGUGUGUUCUUUUCAAUAGUUUUUAGUUGUUCUCGCUAGCCAGCAACUAAUGUUCAGCGAAUUUUGCAAGUCUGCUCUCAACUACGCUAGGCGGAGCGUCGUUGUAUUGGAAAAUCGAUAUUGGUCAAUAAGAGCGCACGCUUUGCAUGAGCGACAGCACAACCUGCAAUAAAAUUAUGCAGACGACGAAUGACGUACAUUCCAUACGCUAGGAGCGUCUGCUUUACUACGCUAGGAACGAUACCCACCGCAUCUGCCUGUUAAUAAUUCACCACUGGUACACUGCAGGCAGCGAGUGUGUGUGUGUGUAUGUUAUCAAUAGUGUUUAACAACUUGUGCGACGACAUUGGCCAGUCUAGUGUUUAACAGCUUGUGCGACGAUAUUGGCCAGUUUAUCAUUUAAAUCUGUUCAUAUUGGCUGCUUUCAGGGAAAACCGGGCUGAAUGCAUGUUAAAUAAGAUUAGCCUGUGCACAUUGAUUAGCCUCUGCAAUGCGCACAAGCUAAUCAAGGACGACACUUUCUGAUUUUAUGGUGUUUUUCGUUUAAAGAGAGUUUCUGGUACUGGGAUGACAACUCAUCAUGCAGUCAAUAUAUAAAAAAAUGUACAUCAUAUGUCCCUGAAAUAGGAUGAGAGUUUCCACACACAAAUAUAUUUCAAAACGCUCUUUUAAUCAUGAUACUAAUCAUUGUUGCGUGAAAAUCAUCACUGAUUGAAAUAGCUGAGAUACUUGAACAUUUUGGAGCCUCUUAUUCUCUUAAUAAAAUUGAGCUGUUUUUCGAAACCCUAUGUCCCGCUCUGUAUGUAUAGAAAUUGAUGUCAUCUUUCUAAUAUCUCAAGCAUGCUAUUUUAAUUUCAAUUUAUGCUAAGAAGUAUAUAAAUAGACCGCCAUAAACCAAAAUAAAACAAAUUUGAUCAAAA